AUGGCCAGUGACUGUGAAAGUGACAACUCAUAUGACAUUGAUGACUUAUGUGAUGAAAUUGAAGAAAAUGAAGAGAUUCAAACACUUCUUUUAUGUGGGCUUGCUGUCAAAGGGUUACUAUUGGCUCAUAACUCAAAAUAUGUAUGUAGACGUCGUCGUUCAUCUUCGCGCACAGGAAUCAUGCUUAUCAAUGAAAUACUUAACGAUCAUGAGAGCCGAUGCUAUGAACUUUUCAGAUUACAAGUCCCGGUUUUCAACAUGUUAUGUAGGGAUUCUGUUGCACAUUAUGGGUUAAAGAAAUCACGUCGUGUAUCUAUUGAAGAGUCCCUUGGUAUUUUCUUGUUGUACUUAGCGCAUGGAUGUGGAAAUCGGUUAGUUCAAGAGUUCUUUAAUCAUUCUGGGGAAACAAUCCAUAGACAUUUUCAUAAAGUCUUGGAUGUUGUGGUUAACCUAAGUAAGGACAUCAUCAAACCAAAUGCUAACUACAACGAAACUAUACCAGAACAUAUUUUAAAUAACCCUCGGUAUUAUCCAUACUUCAAGGAUUGUAUUGGUGCCAUCGAUGGAACACACGUGAAGACCUCUGUUCCGCAACGUGACCAAAUCAAAUACAUUGGACGAAAGAAUUACGUUACUCAAAAUAUUAUGGCAGCAUGUGAUUUCAACAUGUGCUUUACCUUUGCGUGGGAUGGAUGGGAGGGGACUGCACAUGACACGAGAAUUUUCAAUGAAGCGCGAAGGAGACGUGAAGUUAAGUUUCCACUUCCAGCCGAUGGUAAAUUUUACCUUGUAGACGCCGGAUAUCCUAAUACAAAAGGUUAUCUUGCUCCCUACAAAGCUUCAAUGGCAAUUCACAAUUACAUUAGAAUUAGAGGUAGUGGUGAUGCAACAUUUCAAAUAGCGCAAAAAGAAUCUUAUAUUUCGUGCAAUGAUGAAGGACCCGAUGAUGGUAUUGAGCCACAUGACGAAGUAUCAAGUAGACAACGUAGAAGUGACGAUAUGUAUAAGAGUGCAGUACGCAAUAUGAUUGCGGGACAUACAUUCUCAAUGUCAAACACUCGUGCACGUAACGGCGUAUGA